CUAAAAAGUAUUGUAAUAGAUAUUCCUACUAAUCAAUGCAAACAAAUCGUCUGCGAUGCUAUUGAACAGCGGUCAGGAAGGAACUUCAUGUCGGCUUUCAUCGUGCUUUGAGCUAAAUAGAUGUCUUAUUAUGCUUUUAUAGUAUUCUCUACACGAAGUAUAUAGGCAGAGGAAAACCAAACAUGGCGGCCAAGGCUAACUACAAUAACGACUACAGCUCUGAAUUCGACGAGCAUGAAGUCAAGAGGACUUGGAGAGACGAUGACACUUCCGGAAUCAAAAGAAAAGCAAACUCAACCACUGGGUUACCCUCUAAAAAGUUUAUGAAUGACGAGUACAGCAGAGCUGAAGGAGUAAACCAAAGAUAUCACUUCUUGGCCCUCGAUGCCUAUACUAGACACAAGAAGAUGAUAAAUGAUUAUCUCCUGUUUUAUGGACCAGGCAUUGAUACAUUCAAAAGAGAAAGUUCUCAAGAUAAAACAGAUCUUGAUGUGCUGAAACAAGAGCAUAGGUUUGUCUGGGACGACGAAGAAGAAACUGAAAGCAGCUGGGAAAAAAGAUUAGCAAAAAAGUACUAUGACAAGCUCUUCAAAGAGUACUGUAUUGCAGAUCUAUCAAGAUACAAAGAAAACAAGGUAAGCAUAGGUUAUUGCUUAAGUAUUUGUACGAAAUCCCCUUUAUCUACGAUCAACAWGACUGCGUUGAUGUAGAUGUAAUGGCAUUUCGACUUGAACUGCGAGCUGCAUCGAACCCAUAGUGUGAUUAGCGUCCGCUGCAUCUAAGUUCCCAUAAAAACAAAACAACUCAAAACAACAACAACAACAACAACAACAACACGAAACUAAUGAGACAUGAAUAGUAAGGGACGGUGCAAUAAUUAUCAGGAGGGGGGAGCCGUAAAACCAGAUUUCUUAAGCAGAAAAUUAGUUAGAACCCCCCCUACGAAGCAUACGAAAAUAG